GUCACAGGAAGCCACACACACUACAGCUAGCCACGGCAGAGGAGAGCGCAGAGCUGCAGCUGCACAAGCGAUUGUCAAGACAUACUGUGGAACAAUGUUGAGGGUCAGCCUGCAAACUCUGACAACAGGUCUGCUGUUGUUCUGUGCAGUACUGAUGACAGACCAAACCUUUUCAACCGUAUUGCCUACAACACCAGAUGCAUCUGAAACAACCACUGCUGGACCACAAGCGACCACUUUCAACACCCCUAUCCCUACCACCAGUACUACCAGCAACAGCCCCACCCAUGUGACCAGUACAGCUCCCGUCACUACCAGCAGUAGUACCACUAUUAGCCCCACCGAUACCACUACCAUCAGUAGUACCACCAUUAGCCCCACCGAUACCACUACCAUCAGUAGUACCAGCGUUAGCCCCACCAUUACCACUACCAUCAGUAGUACCAGCGUUAGCCCCACCCACAUGACCGAUACCACUACCAUCAGUAGUACCAGCGCUAGCCCCACCCACAUGGCUGAUACCACUACCAUCAGUAGUACCAGUGUUAGCCCCACCAACAUGACCAAUACCACUACCAUCAGCAGUACCAGCGUUAGCCCCACCAACAUGACCAAUACCACUACCAUUAGCCCCACCGACAUGACCAAUACCACUACCAUUAGCCCCACCGACAUGACCAAUACCACUACCAUCAGCAGUACCAGCGUUAGCCCCACCGACACGACCGAUACCACUCCCGUCACUACCAUCAGUAGUACCACCAUUAGCCCCACUGACGUGACCAGUACCACAACCAGCAUUACCACACCAAGUAUCACCAAAAGUAGUACCACUGCGGCACAGGAAGAACAAAAGUCUGAGGCUCUGAGCUCAGGAAGUGUUGCAGCCAUAAUUUUCUGUUUCAUCGUAAUGGCCUUGCUUGUAUUGGGAGGACUGUACUACUACAAGAUCAGACGCACAUCAUAUGGUCGUCUACUGGACGGCGGCGAAUUUGGCACUUUAGGGAACUUCAGCAACCCCAUGUAUGAGCACUGAAUCAACGCAUUUCACUUCCAUUCCCAGAAGAACCCAAAGUCCUCAGUUUGCUGAUGGUGCCAUUCUAGCCAGUGCGAGUAAUGGAUGGUGUUAAGGAUGGUCAGAUUUCACGACUGCGAGAUGUGACCUGCCUCCUUGAUUGUGUUGGACUGCGAGACAAAACAGAAAUGUAACACUUCAAAUGUGACAGCUCCUGAUCCGUGUCAGCUCUGCCCGAAUAAGCCAUUUAUAGCAUUUAUAGCAACUGGAAAAACUCAGGAUAGCAUGUGUGUUAGUAGAAGUAUUAUUAUUAUUAGUUUUGUUUUAAAAAGGAAAACCAUGCAUCUCAACCAGGUUGUGUUGUAUAGAAGAAAGGAAGGUUUCAAAACACAGAGUGCAAUAAGUAGAGCAGUGAAUGGUUAAAUUGUUCUGAAUGUCGGGAGCAAGCAACACAAAGGGUCAGUGCAAGUGAUAGCAAUCCAGGGUGUCCUCAGCUACUCUGGAGAAUAAAAGAAAAAACCCACUGCCUGCAAUUGCUGAAAAACACACAUUUCCCUCAACAAUCCUUUUAGAAAUAGACAUAAAAUAAUUUAAAAAAAAAAACAUAUACAUACAAGUGUGACCUUAAAACAUACCUCUCUCUCAUCACUGUCCAACUUCAGCUGCUGUUGAUGAGUGAGUUCUGUAUUAUUGAAUGUUAUUUUUUCUUGUCUUUUUAUGUGUUGCUUAAAACUCAGCCAGGAAGCAUUUUUGAUUGUAAUUGUCAUAGUUUUUCUUUUAGUUUGCAUUCAGAUGAGAACCAAUGCAAUUUUGAUGCUUUUGUCUGCAAUGUAUUGUUUGAUGUGAGAGAGUAACUUGUUCAAUAAAUGUGAUAAAUAAAUAAUGUGAA